GUCUCCUGCUGACUCCCCCCACAAGAUAAGUCCCAGCUGAGUGAUUAGAAUACAACAAUGGAUGUCGAAUCACAUCACCGUGAUUACUCUCGCCAACCUCUGAUCGCCAUCCGUUUCCCCCGACAUCAUCAUAUAGUUGGUUCCGAGUACCGACUCCAACCCCCAUCGGAGGAGGACGCAAUGGAAGAAACAGUAGGAGCGCUUUGGUCACUCUUCUCCUUCCUCCUCCUUUUCUUCGCCGGCUCCCUCGUGCUGUUGGCGGCGUUACUGAAGUUCCUGAGGUCCAUGUCAUGGUGGUGCAGCUGCUCCGUGUGCGAGGCCUACGUGACCGGCUCCUGGACCGCCCACUUCGGUAACCUCUGCGACUGGUACGCCCACCUACUCCGGGAGUCGCCCACCCGCACCAUCCAGAUCCACGUGCUCGGGAACACCGUCACGGCGAACCCCGACAACGUGGAGCACAUGCUUCGCGCCCGCUUCGACAACUACCCCAAGGGGAAGCCCUUCUCCGCCAUCCUCCGGGACCUCCUCGGCCGCGGAAUCUUCAACGUCGACGGCGACCUCUGGCGCUUCCAGCGCAAGAUUGCCAACGCUGAGCUCGGUAGCGCCGCCGUCCGCUUAUUCGCCUCCUGCAUCGUGGCCGACGAAAUCCGGGGUCGUCUCCUCCCCCUCCUUGACUUCGCCUGCGCCGGCGAUAAGAUCCUGGACCUGCAAGAUGUGUUCCGGAGGUUUGCUUUCGAUAACAUAUGUAAGAUCUCGUUCGGGCUCGACCCCCGCUGCCUGGAGCUGUCGCUGCCUUUGUCCGAGUUUGCAGCGGCCUUCGACAAGGCCUCGAGGCUAUCGGCCCGGCGGGCGACCACGACGACGCCCAUAGUGUGGAAAGCCAAGCGGCUUCUCAACUGGGGAUCGGAAAGAGAGCUCCGGGAGGCGAUCGGCAUGGUGAACCUUCUCGCCAUGGAGAUCAUUCGCCAGCGAAGGAAGCUCGGGUCCUCCUCUAACCACGACCUCCUCUCUCGAUUCAUGGCCAGCGUCGACGACGACAACUACCUGCGGGACAUCAUCAUUAGCUUCUUGCUGGCCGGCCGUGACACGAUCGCGUCGGCCCUGACUAGCUUCUUCCUCCUGCUGUCUCGCCACCCGGACGUCCGUUCGGCCAUACGCUAUGAGAUCGACCGCGUGUUGGGAUGCAGCGCGGCCACCGCCGGCUACGACCGCCUGCGGGACCUGCACUACCUGCAUGCGGCCGUCUACGAGUGCAUGCGGCUGUACCCGCCGGUGCAGUUCGAUUCCAAGUUCUGCGUCGAGGACGACGUGCUGCCCGACGGGACCUUCGUGCGCAAGGGGACACGAGUCACGUACCACGCCUACGCCAUGGGGAGGAUGGAGGAGCUGUGGGGGAACGACUGCCACGACUUCCGCCCGCACCGGUGGCUGACCAACGGAGUGUUCACGCCGGAGAGUCCGUACAAGUACCCAGUGUUCCAGGGCGGCCUGCGGGGGUGCCUCGGCAAGGAGAUGGCGCUGUUGGAGAUGAAGACGGUGAUCGCAGCGGUGGUCCGGCGGUUCGACAUCGACGUCGUGGCCGACAACAGCAGCCGGACGCCCAAGUUUGCGCCGGGCCUCACCGCCUCCCUGGAGGGUGGCCUUCCGGUCCGCGUUCGCCGGAGGGAGGAGCGCUAGCCGGAGCAACAGUGUGGCGCAAUCAUCCCAUGUAUAUAGAAUUAAGCAUGUCACAUACUGUUACUUAUGGAAAUGUAUUGGAAUUUGGUGACUGCGACAGCACCGGAAGCAUGCGGUCGUUCGGUCCAGCUUGCCGCCGAGACUGCCGCAGCUUGCCGCCGAGAGAGACACGGUAUCAUCGCCAUGCUUGCCAUCAUUUACGUGUGGCUGCGGUAAAGCAACGUCGGAAGCCGAUGCUUGCCAUCCUUCAGUCAUCCAAGUCUUCGUCUUCCUCCCCGGGAACCUGCAGUACUGUAACAUCGUCUCGGCCGCCAUGGCUUCUUAGCCACAAGUGAUGACCACCACUGGAGCUUCAAGAUUAGGGAUUCAUCUCCUGCAUACAAUAUACAUCUGCGCAGGAAGCUGUUGAAGGUGUGAAACAUAAGGGUGGAAAUGAAGCGACAUGUUCUAUCAGGAAAAGAAAACGAAGCGAUGUGAUGGACGGAUGGCGGCAUCGGAAAGGAAACGGCCGUAGAAAUAGAGCCAAGGCUUGAGAGGAAACCUGCAAAUGUCACCAUGCCCUGGCAAGUACAUUUGUUCCAAACGGCGAGAAGGACGACUCCGACCAUAUUACCGGGCGACACGUGAACGGAAAACGACAAAGAGAAGAAGACGCACACUACGUUGCGUGUUGACAUUGACCAAAGGGUCUGCUGUGUGCUGCAGUGGCUUUGAGGUUUAACUUAUCAAAACAUCACUGAAUGAAUUUAUGGGUAAAUUUUCGGGAAAAAGUUUGUUUUUUCUGAGAAA